AUGGGCCAGGCUUCACCAGGAAGCGUUGGCAGCCAGAUCAUAACACCCCAUUGGCAGCAGCAACUUCUGAAGUGUGAGAUGAUCAGGUCCUCUCGGUCUUCACAUCACCGUGCCCGCGCUAGCGCAAUGGCAUCACGCACGGUCAUUAAAUCCGCUAUCCCUAUCACAAAUCCCAACCUUGUCAAGCCCAGUACGAGCACAAGUGUCGACAUCACAGAAUCCUCCUCGAAAGACCCACCCGGAACACCAGCUCUAUCCUCCACCCCCGCCUUGAGUGCCGGCGAGAGCUCACCAGGCGUCGCAAAUUCUGUGGUCAAUCACCCUUCGUCCACUGUUGCUCCUAUUGCCGAGACCCCACGGCCUACCGCCAAACCCCCACAGAACACCUGGAACUCCCUUGACAUGGGUGGCAUCAAUAUUAAAAACAUCCCACCGUCUUCCGGCCUCUUCAAGUUCACUUUCCUCAUCAACCUUUAUCUCAACCACAAUGCCCUCACCUCUAUACCUGCCGGAAUUGCGAAGCUCCGUCACCUUGAACUCCUCGAUCUUAGUGGAAAUAACCUCUCAACAGUUCCUGCUGAGCUCGGCAUGCUCACCCAGCUGAAGGAAUUAUACUUGUUUGACAACCAUCUUGUGACCCUGCCAGCUGAACUAGGCAGUCUGCACCAGUUACAGACAAUCGGUGUCGAGGGGAACCCCAUAGACACGUCUCUGAAGGCCAUUGUGCAGAAAGACGGUACACCCGCCCUCAUUUCUUACCUGCGCGACAGUUGCCCUGUCCCAUCUCCUCCACCAGAACGUCUUUGGAAGUACCUCAUUUUGCCUCAAGAGCGGGAGGCCCUUGCCGCGGAUCCUGCUACAGAGACGCUCAGUGCUCUCUGCUACAACAUUCUGUGUGAGAAGUACGCGACGGAGCGGUUGUACGGAUACACACCGUCAUGGGCACUCAGCUGGGAUUAUAGGAAGGAAUUGAUAUUGACGGAAAUAAUGAAUUACGAUACCGACUUUUUGUGCCUGCAGGAAGUGGAUAUCGCACAGUACGAGGACUACUUUGUGAAGCAUUUGCAGGGGCAAGGGUAUGAGGGAAUUUACUGGCCAAAGAGUAGGUAUAAGACGAUGAGUGAUGCAGAUCGUCGGCAGGUUGAUGGGUGUGCAACGUUCUACAAGGCAGACAAGUACUGCCUCGUCGAACGUCACCUCAUCGAGUUCAGCGCCGUCGCAAUGCAGCGUCCCGACUUCAAGAAAACAGAUGACAUGUUCAACCGUGUGCUAGGCAAAGACCAUAUUGCCGUUAUCUGCCUCUUUGAGGUGAAAGAAACGGGCACUCGCAUCAUUCUUGCCAAUGCUCAUAUCCACUGGGAUCCCGCCUAUCGCGACGUCAAGCUCGUCCAAGUCGCGCUUCUCGUCGAUGAGAUCGAGAAGAUCGCUGCAAACUUUGCACGGAUGCCCCCGAGGCCGGAUACACCCCGCGCGCCCGUCUACAGCGAUGGAAGCAAGAUCCCGCUGAUCAUUUGCGGAGACUUCAACAGCGUCCCGUCUUCGGGUGUAUAUGAGUUCCUUACGAACGGGAGCGUGCCACCCGACCACCCAGACUUUAUGAGUCACCUGUAUGGGCGGUACACCACGGAUGGGCUGCGGCAUCGUUUGGGGCUCAGAAGUGCGAAUGCGGCAGCGGGUGAACUCCCGUUAACGAAUUAUACGCCAAGCUACCAAGGCGAGAUCGACUAUAUAUGGUAUUCGACUGCAAAUCUAGCUGUGAAUGCGGUACUGGGAGAAGUGGACAGAGGGUACUUGGAAAAAGUGGUAGGGUUCCCGAACGCUCAUUUCCCAUCAGAUCACAUAUGCAUCAUCAGCGAGUUCCGCGUGAAGCCUCCACGACCGCCAGCCUUGCUACCAACGGCGUCUUGA